AUGGGUUUAGGAACGUCUAGUGAACUAUACGAUGUAGAUUCAAUUUUAGGGCUACAGUUGACAACAUUAGAAAAGGCCACCGACUUCUGUUUGCUGGAGUCAUAUCGAGUUAUAAUAAUCAAUCAAAUACACGCAGACAAUCUUCUUGUGAAUAACAAAACAACCGAAGGCUUAGAUGGAGCUGGAAAGACAACAAUUCUGUAUAGAUUACAGGUUGGCGAAGUAGUGACAACUAUUCCAACCAUUGGAUUUAACGUGGAAACUGUAGUUCACAAGAAUCUGAAAUUUCAAGUAUGGGAUUUAGGCGGUCAGACGAGUAUUCGACCGUAUUGGCGAUGUUAUUAUUCAAAUACAGAUGCUAUUAUCUAUGUGGUUGACAGUAUGGAUCGUGAUAGAGUGGGUAUUUCAAAGCAAGAAUUAUUCUCAAUGCUUGAAGAAGAAGAACUUCGUGGAGCUGUACUUGUCAUAUUGGCUAAUAAACAAGAUAUCUCAGGAUGUAUGAGUAUCAGUGAAGUAGCUCAAUCGCUUGGUUUAGCUGCUAUUAAAAAUCGACGAUAUCAAUUGUUUAAAACAUCUGCUCUAAAAGGUGAAGGUUUAGAGGAAGCAAUGGAUUGGCUGUCGAAUACUUUAUGUGGACAAAAGUAAUAUUCCCCACCAAAGAUAUUCAUUUAUUAUCACCGCAAAACCAGCUGCGCUUUCUCAAGCUAUCUAUUAUCACUGAUUCAAUCUUCCACACAGCAGUAGUAUGUAUGCCUGCCAACAUUCAUUUUGUAAAUGUUCUUCUUUUCCUGUCGUCUACGCCACCACAGGCUAAGUUUUUUUUUAUUAUGUUGAACUCUCAGUCUAAUUUUUUUUUAAAUAAUUCUUCAUUUGUCUGUUCUUGUAUCCAGCAUAAUUGUACA